UCCAAAUUUCCAAGUCUUUCCGCACAUACAGAAUACGCUGGUCUGCGGUGCAGAUACUUACAUAUAUGUGUGUGUGUGUAUGUAUAAAUAUUGAGAUUGCAAAGCCCUUCAAGCGCCUUCUCCGUCGUCUCCAUUACCAUCGUGCUCCCGGAGGCUGCGUCGGUAAACCGGGGAAUACUCUAGAGCAGUUGCUUUUUCACCUGGAUACGAACAAACACUUAAAACCGAAACUUAAUAAUCAAAAAUCCAAAGUUAAUCUAGGGUUUGGUUCUGUUGAAUUUCUACACCCCCCCGCCCCCAACCCUACCUCAAACGUACAUAAUACAUUAAAGAUCGUUCUCUAAAUCAAUCCUCUUUCUUCCAGCUCGCCGUCCCUCGUAAGGUACGAAAUUUUGUUGCUCCAUACUCUCUAUCCUUGUUUCUAGUAGCGAAUCAGUGUAUUACAUACUAGUCGAGGCAAUCGUUUCUUGCACAGUCCAGUUGUGCCAAUCACUCUUUGGACGUUUUGGUUCUGGAAUACGUGUGAUUACAGGAGAGAUUUAUGAGGUUUUAGGGCUGUGCCCAGGGUUUUUCAGGAUGGAUGACCUCGAGAGAGCUAUUCUUAUAAGUUUCGAUGAGUCUGGGACUGUGGAUUCGGUGCUCAAAUCUCGAGCCGUUGCUUAUUGUCAACAAAUUAAGGAGUCUCCAUCGAUAUGCAGUAUAUGCAUUGAACAUCUGUGCCGUUCUAAGUUAGUUCAAGUCCAGUUUUGGUGCUUGCAAUGUCUACAUGAAGUAAUUCGUCUUCGGUUUUCAUCCAUGAGUGCAGAAGAAAAGUCUUUCAUAAGGAAGUCUGUGUUUUCCAUGGUUUGUUUUGAGGCUAUAGAUGAGAAUAACCCAGUUAAGGUUUUGGAUGGCCCUGCAUUUGUGAAGAAUAAGCUUGCUCAGGUUUUGGUCACUUUGAUUUACUUUGAGUAUCCAUUGAUUUGGCCCACAGUGUUUGUUGAUUAUCUGCCCCAUUUGAGAAAAGGUGCAGUUGUGAUAGAUAUGUUUUGCCGGGUUUUAAAUGCUUUGGAUGAUGAAUUAAUUAGCUUAGACUACCCUCGAAGUGCUGGGGAGAUUGCUGUUGCAGCCCGAGUUAAGGAUGCAAUGAGGCAGCAGUGUGUAAGCCAGAUUGUUAGAACGUGGUAUGACAUUAUCUUGACAUAUAGAAAUUCCAAUCCAGAACUAUGCUCCAUUGUUUUAGAUUCUAUAAGCAGAUACAUAUCUUGGAUUGAUAUUGGUUUAAUUGCAAAUGAUGCAUUUAUUCCGCUGUUUUUUGAGCUAGUUUUGGUGGAUGGAUUGCCCGAUCAACUCCGAGCUGCUGCUGUCAGUUGUAUCCUGGCAGUAGUUUCCAAGCGUAUGGAUGAAGAAUCCAAACUCAGGCUCUUGCAAACCCUUCAGAUAAGUAGGGUGUUUGGUUUGAUAACAGAGGAUAGUGACUCUGAUUUAGUUUCAAAAGUAUCAGCACUGCUCACUGGGUAUGCCACUGAGGUUCUAGAGUGCUCCAAACGCUUGAAUUCUGUGGAUGCUGUUGGUGUCUCACUGGAGCUCUUGAAUGAUGUUUUACCUUCUCUAUUUUACGCGAUGCAGAACUGUGAAAUUGACACAACAUUCAGUAUUGUGCAGUUUCUAUCAAGCUAUGUCGCCACAAUGAAAAAUCUCUCUCCUUUAACAGAGAAACAGCUUUUUCAUGUGGGUCAGAUAUUGGAAGUGAUUCGUGCUGAGAUUCAAUAUGAUCCCUGUUAUCGUGAUAAUCUUGAUAAGCUGGACAAGAUUGGGAGAGAAGAGGAAGAUAGGAUGAUGGAGUUUCGGAAGGACUUUUUUGUGCUGCUUCGUAGUGUAGGUCGUGUUGCACCUGAAGUUACUCAGAUAUUUAUCAGGGAUUCAUUAUCUAGUGCUGUUGCAUCAUCUGCUGAUAGAAAUGUUGAGGAAGUAGAAGCUGCAUUAUCCCUCUUCUAUGCAUAUGGAGAGUCGAUAAGUGAUGAGGCAAUGAGAUCUGGAAGUGGUAUUCUGAGAGAACUAGUGCCAAUGCUAUUAUCUACUAGGUUUCCUUGCCAUUCUAGCAGGCUUGUUGCGCUUGUGCAUCUGGAUACAAUUGCAAGAUAUAUGAAGUUUGUUCAGGAGCAUACUGAAUACAUACCUUUAGUUCUAGCUACCUUUCUUGAUGAAAGAGGAAUACGCCAUCCGAAUAUCAAUACCAGCCAACGGGCAAGUUAUCUUUUCAUGAGGGUAGUAAAAUUGCUCAAGGCCAAACUUGUGCCUUUCAUAGAGACAAUCUUACAGAGUCUGCAAGAUACAGUUGCUAAUUUUACUAAUAUGAAUUGUACAUCAAAAGAGCUUUCUGGAUCUGAAGAUGGUAGUCAUAUUUUUGAGGCAAUUGGCUUGUUAAUUGGGAUGGAAGAUGUACCAGCAGAGAAGCAAACUGAAUUUCUUUCAGCAUUGCUUACUCCUCUUUGUCAGCAGGUUGAGGCAUCAGUUUUAAAUGCCAAAGUUGAAAAUCCAGAAGCAUCUCCUGGAAAGAUUGCAAAUAUUCAGCAAACAAUCAUGGCAAUCAAUGCCCUCAGCAAGGGCUUCAGCGAACGUCUUGUUACUGCUAGUCGACCCACAAUUGGUCUCAUGUUUAAGCAGACAUUGGAUGUUCUCCUCCAAAUUUUGAUUGUGUUUCCUAAGGUAGAGCCAUUGCGUUGUAAGGUCACAUCAUUUAUUCACCGUAUGGUGGAAACUCUAGGAACAUCUGUCUUUCCUUAUCUCCCUAAGGCAUUGGAGCAGUUGCUAGCUGAAAGUGAGCCAAAAGAUAUGGUGUCUUUCCUUGUGUUACUCAAUCAGCUGAUCUGCAAAUUCAAGAGUGCACUCCAUGAAAUUCUGAAGGAUGUGUACCCUGGUAUUGCUAAUAAGAUAUUUAAUAUUCUCCCAAGGGAAGCAUUUCCUUCUGGACCUGGAAGCAAUGCUGAGGAAAUUCGUGAACUGCAAGAACUUCACCGAACGAUGUGCACAUUUCUUCAUGUGAUAAGUACACAUGAUCUGUCUUCUGUUUUCCUUUCACCCCAAAGUACAGACUACUUGAACCCCAUGAUGCAAUUGCUACUGUAUGCAGCUUGCCAUCACAAGGAAUUCUCUGUAAGAAAGCUUUGUGUACAGACAUUUAUUAGACUGAUCAAAGAUUGGUGUAGCAAUCUCUACGGUGAAGACAAGGUACCUGGUUUCAGGAGCUUUAUAGUUGAGAUCUUUGCAACAAAUUGUUGCCUGUAUAGUGUGGUUGACAAGUCCUUUGAGUUUCAAGAUGCCAGUACUGUUGCUUUGUUUGGAGAAAUAGUAUUAGCACAGAAGGUUAUGUAUGACAAGUUUGGCAAUGAUUUUCUCAUCCAUUUUGUUCCCAAAGUUUUCCCAAAUGCACAUUGCCCUCAAGAUUUGGCAGAGCAAUAUUGUCAAAAGUUGCAGGUGUAACCUCUGCAUGGUGAGGCCCAGUUUGGAUCUCUGGAGAGGGUAUUAAAUUGGAUAGAGGUAAUGAUAUGAAGGCACUAAAAUCAUUUUACCAGUCAGUCAUUGAAAAUCUGAGACUCCAACAAAAUGGAAGUUUUGUUUUUAGAUAGCACCAUUCCAUGAUGAAAGUCUUGCUCUCACUGAUGUUUGAUGGUUUAUUGUUCUCCCACCCUCAACCAGUUGUGGCUAUCAAAUUUUGUUGGCUGGAGGGUUCUUUUCAUGCUGUAAAUAUCAUUUAUUUGGAUCUUCCGUGGACAGUGAGGUGUAAAUUUCCGGAAGCAGUUUCUUUGACAUGAAAUGUGAGAAUAUAUUUUGGUCUUUGGUAGCAGCUGAUUAAAAGGAUUCAGCACGAGUCUUUUUCUGUAUGGACUUUUGAUAGUUCCCCGUUUUAUUUAUGGGCUUGGUGCUGACAAAUUUCAGAUCUGGACGCCUUUCCAGUUUUGUGUGCUUGAGGCCGACUUAUUUAUUGUUUAGAAUGUCAGUCUGGAAAAGAGAUGAUUAUGGUUCUUUUAUAGCCAAGUGGAUUCAGGAAAACAUAACGUUAAGGCCAAAAAAAAAAAAGAGAGAGAAUCUUUCUGAUAAAUCAGUUCUAUCUGUGGAGACUUGGAAUUUUUCUUCUUACAGGAUUAGGAUUCUUUUGUUACUGUUCUUGUUUGAAAGGACAUUGUCGCACUUCGUGCCCACAUCAUCAAAGAACACUUUACACGGCUGCCAAGUUUCAAUAAAUUUGUGCUAUAUAAUAAUGAAAUUGGUAA